GAACAGGCGGAGGCGUCAAUCCGCAGCCGCCGAGUGAGAGAGCGACGCACACGCAGCGAACGAAAGCGGCCGCCCGCGGUCUCCUGAGCUCCUCACGGUCCGGCAGCAGAGAAGAAGGAGCCCUCGUCCGAGCGGGCCGCCUCAGCCGGGCGUCGGCACCUCCCUGCCAGCCUCGCUCCCGCCCGGGCUCCUCCGAGGGGAUUAGUGGGCUGCCCUCGCGGCUCGGCGGCCCGGGAGCCAUGUUGUCCGGGGGGCUUGGCAACGUGUGAGGAACCCGCGGCCCCUCCCGAAGGCUCCGGACCCUAGGCGAGAGCCGGAAGGCGGCAGCGGAGGCCUGCGCCUCGGAGGCGCCUUGGGUCUGCCAGCCGCUGGGACCCGGACCUGCAUCCGGUCGCCGCGGGCGUCGGCGGAGCCGCUUACCCUCCGCGCCUCGCCUAGCGACGCGGCCCCCGCACUUGCUGGAUUUUUCAAGUCACAUUCAGUUGAUAGGAUGAAAAAAUUUAAGAGAAGGCUAUCCCUCACUCUUCGGGGAAGCCAAACUAUUGAUGAAUCAUUGUCUGAAUUGGCGGAACAAAUGACUAUUGAAGAAAAUAGCAGCAAGGAUAAUGAGCCUAUUGUGAAGAAUGGCAGGCCUCCAACCUCUCACAGUAUGCAUUCCUUCCUCCAUCAGUACACAGGGUCCUUCAAGAAGCCCCCAUUGCGGAGACCACAUAGCGUUAUUGGAGGAAGCCUUGGAUCCUUCAUGGCAAUGCCCAGAAAUGGAAGCAGAUUAGAUAUUGUUCAUGAAAAUCUAAAAAUGGGAUCAGAUGGUGAGAGUGACCAAGCUUCUGGGACAUCAUCUGAUGAAGUACAGUCACCUACAGGCGUUUGUCUUAGAAAUCGUAUACAUAGACGGAUCUCAAUGGAGGAUUUAAAUAAGCGGUUAUCACUGCCUGCAGAUAUCAGAAUACCUGAUGGAUAUCUUGAAAAAUUGCAGAUAAACAGUCCACCGUUUGAUCAACCAAUGAGCCGAAGGUCUCGUAGAGCUUCUUUAUCAGAAAUUGGGUUUGGAAAAAUGGAAACCUAUAUCAAAUUGGAAAAGCUUGGAGAGGGUACAUAUGCGACAGUAUAUAAAGGAAGAAGUAAAUUGACAGAGAAUUUGGUGGCAUUAAAAGAGAUCCGGUUGGAACAUGAAGAAGGUGCACCCUGCACAGCAAUAAGAGAAGUUUCACUAUUAAAGGAUCUAAAACAUGCAAAUAUAGUAACCUUACAUGAUAUUGUUCAUACAGAUAAAUCUUUGACUCUGGUUUUUGAGUAUCUGGAUAAAGACCUAAAACAGUACAUGGAUGACUGUGGAAACAUCAUGAGUAUGCACAAUGUAAAGCUGUUUUUGUACCAAAUUCUACGUGGUUUGGCAUAUUGCCACAGAAGAAAGGUAUUGCACCGAGACUUGAAACCACAGAACCUACUCAUUAAUGAAAAAGGAGAAUUAAAGCUAGCAGAUUUUGGGCUAGCCAGAGCCAAGUCAGUUCCCACGAAGACCUACUCCAAUGAAGUCGUCACUCUGUGGUACCGGCCACCUGAUGUGCUUCUCGGUUCUUCAGAGUACUCAACACAGAUUGACAUGUGGGGUGUUGGUUGCAUUUUCUUUGAAAUGGCUUCUGGAAGACCUCUGUUUCCAGGAUCAACUGUGGAAGAUGAACUGCACUUGAUUUUCCGACUGCUAGGAACACCAUCUCAGGAAACUUGGCCAGGUGUUUCUUCAAAUGAUGAGUUCAAGAACUACAACUUUCCAAAAUACAAACCACAGCCUCUCAUUAACCAUGCACCCAGGUUAGACUCUGAGGGAAUUGAGUUAAUAACAAAGUUUCUUCAGUACGAAUCUAAGAAAAGGGUUUCAGCAGAAGAGGCCAUGAAACAUGUAUACUUUCGAAGUCUGGGACCAAGAAUACAUACUUUACCUGAAAGUGUAUCAAUAUUCAGUUUGAAAGAGAUUCAGUUGCAAAAGGACCCGGGUUUUCGAAACUCUUCUUAUCCAGAGACAGGACAUGGGAAGAACAGAAGACAGAGCAUGCUCUUUUAAGUCUGAUAAAAUGGUUUCAAGCCCAGCCCCCAGCCUUUCUUAUCAAUCAAGGACUCAGAUCUGAAGGCAAUUAUUUCUUUUGGUGGACUUGGAAUCUCCGUUUGUCUACACUGUCCUCUUCACAGUGGAGUCUUUUUAUUUCAGACCUACAGAUUGUUUUUAUAUUUGUUGUCACAGUGUGACAAUUUUUUUGUACAGUUGGUUUUAAGGUCUUCUCUGCCAUUAGAGCCAGUAGGUUACAGCUGUUGAUGUAACUGUAGCUGCAAUUUUUGUGCAGGACUAGAAACACAGUGCAUUAUUUAUUGCGGAAUCAUUGCUGCUAAAUAACUACUGUCUGUUUAUUUAACACAACAGUUAAAUGCCUGAAGAAGUUGCAGUGGCUUUAUUAGAUGUGAAUGCAUCUGUUUCUCCUCACGAAUUGUUUUACUGCUGCAUUUCUUGUUUGUUUUAAAAAUUAAACUGCAGUGUUUCCUGGAAUGUAAAUUUAGCUUUGCUUAUUAACGGUAAAAUAAGUGAGCCAUCUUGAACACUCUAAGUUCAUGCUAUAUAAUUUUUUAUUGAACAUCCGCAAGUAGAGUAGCUAAGAAAUUGAUGAGCACAUGUUUAGGAAAGCAUGUGAUGCAGAAGUUGAUUCAAGCAAGUGAACACCUGACAUUAUAGGGAUCUCACAUUAGAUACCAGUAAAUUAAAGCACCAAAAUUAUUUAUUUUUACCUUUCCUCAUUUUAGAAAUAUUUACUGCAUAUUAUUGGAUAUGUGUAUACUAAUACACUUACCUAUUUUACAUUGUGCUUUAAUUUAGUUAAAACUAAACCAUACAAGUCUAUUGAAAUAUGUGAGGUCUUGUUUUCGUCUUAAAUACGAUUCUUUUAUUAGAAGGGAUGAUACUUCUUUGGGGAGCCAUUUAUUUCAUUUGGGGGGCUGCGUGUGUAUAUGUAUGUUUUAAUAACAUUCACUUGGAAUCAGCUAAAAGCUGUAAUAUGUCUUUGAAAUGAGCCAUGAUAAAUACAAAUGAGAGAAACAAGAACUUAGAGGAUUGUUUUAAAGCAUUGUAGGUAUUAACGUGUUUAUCAGAGAUAGUAAAUAUUACAGUUUCAAUUAUGCAUCUCUUUGAACAUCAUAAACACACCUUGGUGUUGGUAAGUGUUUUAAGCAUUUGUGUUAACUUUUAGGGACUGUUUGUUCAUUUAGUGCAUCUUACGAACUACAAAUCUUAAUUGGUAUAUUUUGAAAUGGUCAUGUAAAUUUUUGGCUUAUAUAUCAUGAAAAUAAUCAUAACUUAAUUUUUUUUUCCUGAUAUUCACUGUAAAACAUUCAGGGGUCCUACCAUUUCUGUUCAGGAAAUCUUGUAGUUUAUUGUUAUUUAACAGUAUUAAGUGAAUUUUUGUAUAUUUCAUUUUAACUUUAUUUGUGAAUAGUGAUUGUGGCAUGUUUGGGUGUUAUUUUAAUAUUUCAUGAUACGGAAAUUUUAAUUUUUAAAAAAAAUUUUCUGGAAGAAACAGAUUCAUGUGUAAUGGUGAAUAUUGGACCACUACUGCUUUUCACAUUUGUAAAUUGGUUUUAUGUUAAAUCCUGUAGCCUAACAAACUGCUGUUAUUUCUAACUGACAGACCUGUAUUAAUAUUGUACUUUGAAGGUUAUAAAUAUUAUGUGGAAAUUCCUCCAUUUUGUUUUGAAAUUUAUAAUAAGAUCUUCAUGUUGUUAAAAU